GCUCGCGGUAUAAUGGCAGCUCAUAAGACGGGCGGGCAAAGCGCCCGAAAAAAAGUCCAGGUGUCUAUGGUUAUAAGAGAUGAAGUGGAAAAGAGACAUAGAGCUGGAGUCAACUCCUUACAAUAUGAUCCAGCUUUGCAUAGGCUUUUUUCUGCAGGUAGAGAUAGUAUUAUAAGGAUAUGGAAUUGUAAAAGUAUGAAGGACCCAUAUUUUCAAUCGAUGGAGCAUCAUACAGAUUGGGUCAAUGAUAUAGUAUUAUGUUGUGGUGGCAAGAAUCUGAUAUCAGCCAGUUCUGAUACAACAGUAAAAGUAUGGAAUGCACACAAAGGUUUUUGCAUGUCCACAUUAAGGACACACAAGGACUAUGUAAAGGCUCUAGCAUAUGCUAAAGAUAGAGAGCAAGUUGCUAGCGCAGGUUUAGAUAAAUUGAUCUUCCUGUGGGAUGUUAACACAUUAACUGCUCUUACAGCGAGCAACAACACAGUAACAACGUCGUCCCUUAGUGGAAAUAAGGAUUCAAUAUAUAGUCUUGCCAUGAAUCAGACUGGAACAAUUAUAGUAAGCGGUAGCACGGAAAAAGUUUUAAGAGUAUGGGAUCCGAGAUAUUGUAAUAAACUAAUGAAACUUCGUGGACACACGGAUAAUAUUAAAGCUUUAGUAUUAAAUCGAGAUGGCACUGAGUGUUUGUCUGCUAGUUCCGAUGGAACUAUUAAACUUUGGUCAUUAGGGCAACAAAGAUGUAUGCAAACGUUUAGAGUACACACAGAAGGUGUUUGGGCGUUAUUGGCUACGGAUACCUUCAGCCAUGUGAUAUCGGGAGGUAGAGAUAAAAGAGUUGUAAUGACUGAAUUAAGUUAUCCCGAAAGAUAUACUGUUAUAUGCGAAGAAGAAGCACCUAUAUUGAAAAUGGUUAUGAUGCCCGAUCAGUCUAGCAUUUGGGUGGCAACUAGUGAAUCUACUAUAAAUAAUUGGUCUAUAAGUCAAAAAGAUUGGCAGGACUCGGGAAUUGAUGAUUACUGUGACUCUGGUAGCGGAGUAACAUCGAAUGUUUUGCGAAAUACAGAACCUGCACAAAAAAUACUAGGUGGUCCUGCAAUACGGCAUUGUCAUGUUUUAAACGAUCGAAGACACGUUUUGACAAAAGAUACGGAAGAGAAUGUAGCCUUGUACGAUGUAUUAAAGGCGUGCAAAGUUGAAGACUUGGGAAGGGUAAACUUCGAACAGGAGAUACAGGAAAGGAAUAAAAUGGUGUAUGUUCCGAACUGGUUUAAUGUAGAUCUUAAAACAGGGAUGUUGACUAUUCAUUUGGGUCAGGAUGAAAAUGACUGUUUCUCCGCAUGGGUCUCUGCAAAAGAAACUGGUCUCGCUGAAAACGAUGCUGUUGACCAAAAGGUGAAUUACGGAAAUCUUUUGCUACAAGCUUUACUCGAGCAUUGGUGGAGGCCAUUACAUGCCGAUGAUGAAAACGAAGGUAGUAGUAACGAUGGUAAUGGUCCUAUUCAUACAAGAGGAGGAAAUCCAUACUUUUCAGUACCUAGUCAUACGCCUCUUAUAUUUAGCGAAGUGGGAGGGAAAACUUUGUACAGAUUAUUAGUUAGAGAUGCUGCGGGAGAAACAGAAGGAGGAUUAUUAAACGAAACUGUACCGGCAUGGGUGGUCAAUAUCGUUGUGGACAAAAAUCUUCCACAAUUUAUUAAAAUACCUUUCUAUCUUCUUCCACACGCCUCGUCCGGUGUAAAAAGUCUGAAGAAGGAUCGCUUAAUCGCAAAUGAUUUUAUACAAAUUCGUAAAGUCGCGGAACAUGUUUGUGAUAAGGUGCUUGGUGCAGGAAGUGACUCGGGAUCGGUAGCAGGUGCUGGGAAUACAGUAUCCGGAGGUUCUCCAGCAGGGGAUAGAACAAAUACAGAUUCUAAUGCUGAUAAUUCUUCGCUGGCCGAAGAAAAAGUCGAACUUUUAUGUAACGAUCAGGUUCUAGAUCCUUCUAUGGAUUUAAGAACGGUCAGGCAUUUAAUUUGGAAGAGUUCGGCAGACUUAACGCUUCAUUAUCGACCGCUGAAAUAGUUAGGGCUGAGUACAUCGGAGCAAGGAUCUCUAAAGUGUGCCUGGUUUUUUACUAUGGUGAGAGUAACAGAAGACAUGUGGACUAGUUGCAGAGUGUGGCACCUCACGCUACCUCCUCUUCACGAAAUGUUCAAUCGUCUUUCGAUGGAUGUUUCGUUAGACACUGCAAUGGAAAAUGAGUAACAGCCUAGGCAACACACGGAGUACUUGAUACUGAAUGCGUUCAAAGGCAAUAAUGUGUGGAAGUAUUAGUAUGAAUUGCUCAUGUACAUUUAUAUCCUGAGGCCAAACUUAUCCCUGAAACGCGAUGAACUGCUGAUUUCAGUUAAGUCUGCUUUUAGAGAUAUAAUAUGCUCUUUUGUACCUGGGUGUAGAGUAUUAAAUGCUUAUAUCGUCAGCCAUUUAUCGUCUUCCCACUUCAAAAGUACCAGUGAGAAAGUGAAGCACAAAAACGAGAGGGACAGAUCGUACGGCCCAGGAAGUUCUUUGUUUCGUUUCCUCUGAACGCCAUCAUGUUCAUACGAUGCUUCUCAAAUCUUUCUGCGCUAGUACCACGUAGAUGUAUUUUAUAAUUUAAUAAGUAGUAGUAGUAAUAGUAGUAGUUUCAGUUUUCAAUUAAUAUGAAACGACAGGAACUAGUUAACCAAUAGUACUCCACACGCCUGCCUUGUUGUCAGAAAGGAGAAAGCAAACUAUUCUAUGGGAAGAAGAAAAUGUCAAUUUACUAUUAAUCAAAUUACAUUUGAG